AUGACGAGAAAAAAUCGUACUCCUAAAGAAUUUUUACUAACAAUCUUAAACGAACAUCUAAAAUUCCUAAAAAGAACAAAAGAAAAAAUUCCAAAAAAAUAUCAUAAAGAUAUCGAAACACAAGAAGAAAGAACAAAAGACUACCAUGCCCGUGUUACUAAAAAAGAAUUCAUCGAUUGCGAUACUUUGAAGAAUGCAUUUGAAAAAGAAAAGGGUGCGUUCAAUAGAAAAAUCGACAACCUCAAAAGAGAAAUUAGAAGAUUAAAUGGUGUAAUUAGAAGAAAGGAUAAGGAAAUCGAAAUACUUAAGUCUGACAAUAGCGAAAAAGAUAAUCAAAUUGAAGAACUCGAAACUAAAAUGAAAAAUUUACUCUUCGAAAAUUCUAACCUAACCAAACAGAUAUAUAAGUCAGAUCCUUGGAAAAUAUUACCACUCGAACUUCUAUAUGAAAUUUGUUCAUAUUUAUCUCCGAAAGAUUUAUUUUCCUUUAUGAAAGUUGAAAAAUUUUUAUAUAAUAUAUUAAUUUCAAAUAGCGGAAUUUGGAAAAUUUCCCGACAACGGCAACCUAAUCAAAAUCACGAAUGCCCCAGAAAUAUGACUGAACAACAAUAUUGCUUUUUAAACUUCAUAAAUAUAUGUCAAAUAUGUAAUCAACCAGACGAUUCCGCAUUAAUUCUUGAACUAAAGAUCAAAAUUUGUAAACCUUGUCGUGUAAGAACGCCAACAUUAAUCAGCCGUUUAACACUUGAAGAAAGUGAUUUUCCAUCCGAACUCCUUUCUGCGAUGCAUUCAGUAGAUUACCAACAACUUCAAGGAAAUUACCUAGAUCAUUCUACGCGUAAAUUAUCACUUACGUCUCAUUUGGUCCAUUACUUGAAAAAAGAAGUAGAUAGUACCAAAAAUGAAUAUCUCAGAGUGCCUGAAAAUGGGAAACAAGAAUGGUUGAAUAAGAGAACAAAGAUCAUUCGAGAAUAUUACAACAAUAUUUUAAAAAUAAAACAUCCAACUAUUGAGGAUCGAUAUUUACUUCCUCAGUAA